GCAAUUGUGGUUUCCUCCGUGUGCUCAGGCGAGUCUGCCCUGCCCUAACCCAGCCUGGGGCAUUCGCUGCCUGGCAUGGAAGAGUCGAUCCCGCAGCCCUCCGUGUUUGUGAUAGAUGGACAGACAGACAUCCCAUUCAGGAGGCUGGGACACGGCACGGGGAGACGGCGCUGCAGCGCUGCCCAGGGGUGCCUGGCGCUGCUGAUGCUGCUCCUGGGCGCCGGGCUGGCAGUCCAAGGCUGGUUUGUACUGCAGCUGCACCGGCACCUGGCAGAAGUGGUCAGCCACCUGCCGGAUGGAGAUCCAGGCUCCUGGGAGAAGCUGGUGCGAGAGCAAAGAUCCCACCUGGCCAAGCCAGCCGCACAUCUUACAGGAGCCAACACCAGCUUGACGGGUAGCGGCGGCCCACUGCUGUGGGAGGCCCAGCUGGGCCUGGCCUUUCUGAGAGGUCUCAGCUACCACAAUGGGGCCCUGAUGACCCCCAAGGCCGGCUACUAUUACGUCUACUCCAAGGUGCAGCUGCGGGGCAUGGGCUGCCCCCAGGGGCUGGCCAGCGGCCUCCCCAUCACCCACGGCCUCUACAAGCGCACACCCCGCUACCCCAGGGAGCUGGAGCUGCUGGUCAGCCGCCGGUCCCCCUGCGCCCGCUCCCCCGGCUUCCGCGUGUGGUGGGACAGCAGCUUCGUGGGCGGCGUGGUGCACCUGGAGGCUGGGGAGGAGGUGGUCGUGCGGGUCCCCAGUGAGCGCCUGGCCCAGCUCUACGAUGGCGUCCACUCCUACUUCGGAGCUUUUAUGGUGUGAAGGAAAUCGAAGCGUUGGUUGGAAUGGAAGGGACUCAUAGCUGGCCCUGAGGGGGGCGGAGGGGGCGGGACAGGGGGCUCCACAGGAAGCUCAGCCAGCAGAGAUCACCGAGGAGCCCCCUCCUCCUUUCACAUCAGCCCCCCCCCAAAAAAAAACUCUACCAAGACCUCAGCAACCUGGAGGAGUUGAAAACCCAGCAGAACCUUCCAGAAAACCCACACAAGCCACAGACCUCACACAGACAAUCCUAAAGACAAUGACCUGGAGACUUGUG